AUGUUGAACGCAGCUUCGCCUUACAUUCACCCGGACUUCUAUAAUCCCCUCCCCUCACCGACUGAUGCUAAAUCCAGUCCUCUAGCUCUACUAGCCAAGACCUGUAACAGUAUUGGUAAAGACAGUCCACCGGCCAAACCCAUCCUUCAAGCCUCGGAGAAGAAGGACACCGAGCAGACCCCUAAGGUGGCACACAACCCCGAAAAAAGAUCAUCAUCAGCUGAAACUAAAGAUGAGAAAACAGAGAAGGAGAAGCCGGGAUUUCGAACCGUUCACACUAAAGAGGAUUCCAAAAGUAGUUCGGAUAAUACUCAUAAAUCAAAAGACAUUGGAAAAGAUGUGUCCACUUCCGGUUCGGUAACCAAGACCCCAAAAUCUACUGAUACGUCAUCACCAUCUAGUAGUCCCGUUCAAUCAAAGUCUUCUCACCACAGUCCACACAGUUUAUCACAUAGUUCAGGGAUCAAACCAACUAGUCAUCCAUUGUACAGUGGAAUACCUUCUUCUACAUUGGGAUAUCCUGGAUUAUCCAUGCUCGGACACGGAAUCAACCCGGAAUUAGCUGCAGCUUAUCAUCAAUCGCAACUACUAGCUCAAUCAGGACUUUAUGGAUCGGCCCAACAUGCAGCUCUAAAAGCCAAUGCUGCAGCUUCAAUGAAUCCUUAUGUGAGCUUCACUCGUGUUCGAACGCCAUCGGGGGCCACAACUCUGGUACCAGUGUGUAAGGAUCCUUAUUGUACCAACUGUCAACUGACCAUGCGCACCUCUCACACGUCUACAACGUGUAAAACACCCGGAUGUUCUCAAUGUGCUCACGAAAAGACUUUGCUCGAGUUCAGUAGCGGCUCGAUUGGACUACCAACUAGUCCCUUGUCGCUUUACCCACACCUAGCAUCUUUAUCAUCUAGUGCUUCUGGACUACAAUCUCUAUCCUCUUUACAUUCCCUUUAUUCUCAUAGUGCUCUUCCUUCCGCUCAUCAAGGACUACCUUAUAUUUGUAAUUGGGUUGCUGGACACGAUUAUUGUGGUAAAAGAUUCAACUCUUCCGAGGAACUUAUGCAACAUUUAAGGAGCCAUACUUCGAGUAUAGAUUCAGGAUUGUCAGCAGGUUAUGGAUUUGGUCUACCACCAACUGCUGCACUUGGUCUCAGUUCUGCGCCAAUCAGCCCAGACUCUCUGAGGCGUGCCUACCCCACCAGCCUCAGUCCUGGACUAUUGUCAUCAAGUAGAUUUCACCCUUACAAAUCUGCUUUGGGAGGGGUAGGGUCGAGUGCCUCGGUGUCCCAUCUUUCACCCUUAGGAGCUUAUUAUCCAUAUUCCUUGUAUGCUCAGAGACUUGGUUCUGUGCCGUGA